ACCAUGGACUGUGUGGAGAGAAACCUUUCCGAGCACCAACAACCUGCAACAACUUCGUGACCAGAAUCAAUUCUACACCUUUUACCAGGAUAGUAACUUUCUUUCGGAAAAAUUAGAAUUGCCUUGAUAUUACUUUAUUUAGGUUUGGAGAGGGAAAACGGAUUGCUCUAUGACAUUUGCGACUAGGGCAUUUAUCAUUAUGUGGUUGGAUGGCUUAUGAUAGUAUUUGAUUGCAGCUCUCAAACAAUUAAUCUAAAUGGUUUUGAAGUUCUGUUGACUUCAGUAAAUGAUCUCGUGUCAGUUCCGAAGUCCAGAACUAUGUCUACCAUCUGAUUUAUAUUAUUGUGCGUUUUGGUGUUGAAGACAAGAGUUUAUCCCAGGCUAUUUAACCUAUCGAUGUGACUCAACGAAGAACGUUGAUUUCGUGAGGAGGCGUUUUCCAAACUUACAGGGAAUCUGUGCUCGUAUCCGGCAUGCUGGCUUUCUUAGUUGGACUUUUAUACCUAAUGAGUGGACGCACGGUGCGCGCUCAGGAUGCGACAGGUAGCCGCUUCUUCUGCUCCGCCAUCCCGGCGGGCGCCGACCCUAGCUGCUCGUUCGACCCCAACGGUAACCGCGUGCAGAGCACCAGCCCCGUGGAGGACGAGCUACGGAACACCAUCCUCCAACUCCGGGAGAACAUCCUCCAGCAGAAGGAGACUAUCGUGAGUCAGCAGGGCACUAUCAAGGAGCUGAACUCCAAACUGGCCCGCUGCGAGGCGGCCGCGGAGGACUCUGCGAGCAGGUCCAGGGGCCAGAGCUCCAGGCGGAAGGACUACAGUAAGAACACAAUGGGAGACCUUCCCAGGGACCCCACGGAAACUAUAGACCAGCUGGGAAAGACCAUGCAGGGGCUCAAGGGUCGGUUGGAGAAUCUGGAGCAGCAGCAGUUGCGUGCCAACACGUCAGCAGCAGCAGCAGGUGCGGGUGGGACUGCAGUGGGGCCCCUACCGGCGGAGCUGCGGGAGCUGCUGAAGCACCGUUUGGGGGCCCUAGAGGGCCAGCUUCUGAGGAAGGUGGCCGAGCUGGAGGAAGAGAAGAGCCAGCUGUACAACGAGACAGCUGCCCACCGUCAGCGUACCGAGAGCACCCUCACCUCACUGCUGGAGAGGAUCACAGAGCUGGAGAAAAGUAACAACGCAUUUAAGUCCCCAGAGGAUUUCAAGGUGUCUCUCCCCCUGCGCACCAACUACCUAUACGGACGCAUCAAGAAGAGUCUCCCUGAGAUGUAUGCCUUCACAGUGUGUAUGUGGCUGAAGUCCAGCGCCAGCCCUGGUAUAGGAACCCCCUUCUCCUACGGGGUGCCAGGACAGGCCAAUGAGAUCGUGCUCAUCGAGUGGGGCAACAACCCCAUAGAGCUGUUGGUCAACGACAAAGUGGCCCAGUUGCCCCUGUCGGUGAGCGACGGCCGCUGGCACCACAUAUGCAUCACCUGGACGACGCGGGACGGCUUCUGGGAGGCGUACCAGGACGGGGAGAGGCUGGGCACCGGGGAGAACCUGGCCCCCUGGCACCCAAUUAAACCUGGAGGGGUGAUCAUCCUGGGACAGGAACAGGACAUGGUGGGGGGUCGUUUCGACGCCACCCAGGCCUUCGUUGGCGAGCUGAGCCAGUUCAACAUGUGGGACCGGGUCCUCCGGCCUGUGGACAUCAUGGGAAUGGCCAACUGCUCCUCCUACAUGCCCGGGAACAUUGUUCCAUGGAUCGACACCAACGUGGAAGUCAUGGGAGGAGCAUCCAAGGCGGCGUUGGAGAUCUGCGAGGACCGUAUGUUCGAACCGUAAAGGAGUUGGAUGUGUAACGUUGUUAUGACACUGGGUUCCGAAGGUUCUGGAGGCUUGAGAGGUGGUUCUGGUUCCGCGCUCUCUGUGCUGCUUCAGAAACACCCCUCAAGGAGGAAAAAGGGCUCAACGGGUAUUGCCUUUGUUUACAGACCUAGAUCUAGUAAAUGGGUCAACUUCUUGUUUUCCCAAUGUGUUUUGCUGUGAUUUUCCAUGCUUUAGCACAUGGCUCACCAGUUCAUGCCCAUUCCAACGUGAUUCUAACUAGAGGAUUUUACAGAGAACCCACUUGAGACUGAGGACUCUAUACUCCGUAUUCUGUCUUUUACUCCUUUAGCUAGAGAUCCUUUAGACUGAGUCAUGUUUGAACACAGCUCCUCUCUAAGGCAUUUCAAACUGAUAAUCCAGCACUGUACUGUACUCAGUGAAUGUGAGCUAAUAUAUAACCCAUAGAAGCUUUUAUUGUGUUGUGUGGACAGCUAUUUGUGAGUUGCAUGGCAAACUUCUCCGGUACGUUAUGUGAGCUUGUGUUCCUUUGCAGUAAAAAGAACCCCCAUGUUCCAGGGAGGGAUAUUGAUGAGUAUAGGAUGUUAAGGCAACUGUGGAAUAGACCAUUGACUUCAUGUGGAGUCAUUUUAAACGUGUGCAUGUGUUUUGACUUGUCACUGAGAGUAUUGAGUGCCAAAGUUAAUGCAUGCAUGUAUGUGUGUAUAUGUGUGUGCAUAUGUACAUGCACAGGUGGGUGUGUUUACUGUAAUAGCAGUUUGUGUGUGUGUGUGGGUGUGUGCACGCUCUCGUUGUGUAAAAGGCCCUAGAGAUUAGUGACGAGGACAUUCACAUUCUUGUAAAUCUAUUCUAAUACCUCUCCUCCCCUUGAGCAGCUGCCAUCCCAAGCAGCUUUGUGCAGCGGCCGGCCCAGGCAGGUUAAAAGCAAAGUCGGAAAGCUGCAGAGGACUGGCGGGAAGCCGGGAAUUCAGCGCUCUGUGUGCCACACUGGGGGAGCGUGGGUUGGAAUGGGAAGCCAGGGACUGGAUGACCUUCAAGGAAGGAUUUUAUCCAUAAUCUGUGAUAGUAAAUAUCAUGUUUGUCAAACGAAUGAGAAGAUGAAUGUGAGCUAUUUUACUAUCCCGUUGCAUUGUAUAAUAUAGAGGCAUUUUUCUAUAAGCCAGAGAGACGCUACGAAAAUGAAGACUGUGAAACUAAAGAUGAGGAGAGAUCUGAAUGUUUCUGGUUGGAACAAGACAAAGCACUGGAACACUUUGCUCUGUUUCUGUUUAUUUUU